CUAUGACUAUGCAAACAAUUUUCAAUUAAUAUAACCACUUGUCGCUAGAGGGUAAUAGUGUUUGUAUUUCUAGUAAUAACACGGAAUUUUCAGUGGCGUGACGUAUUUCUGACGUGUUUUUUGUGGAGUUCUUUUGCAAACAUAGAUUAAUAUUAUCAUAUACGUUACUCAUUGCAUUCAAUUGCAAAAUAUAAUAAUAAAAAAAGUGUUAAAUAUAACUAUAUUUAAUUUUAUAUUUUGGAGAAACGAAGAAUUAAAAAAUGUCUUUUGUAUCGCCUAUGCCUAGUCGAGAAUUUCUGUGGGAUGUUUUUCAAAGAGUUGAUAAAGACAGAUCUGGUGCAAUAACUGCAGAAGAGUUGCAACAAGCACUUUCAAAUGGGACUUGGACACCAUUUAAUCCAGAAACAGUGCGUUUAAUGAUUGGUAUGUUUGAUAUUGACAAAACUGAUCCUGAUUCUUCAGGUAUGUUUGAUAAAAACCAGAAGGGAACAGUUAGUUUUGAAGAAUUUGGAGCUUUAUGGAAGUAUGUAACAGAUUGGGAAAAUUGCUUUCGGUCAUUUGAUCGGGACAACAGUGGAAAUAUUGAUAGAAAUGAAUUAAAAACAGCUCUAACAAAUUUUGGAUACAGAUUAUCAGACCAAAUUAUAGACACUCUUAUACGCAAAUACGACAGAGCUGGUCGUGGUACUAUAUAUUUUGAUGACUUUAUUCAGUGCUGUGUAGUUUUAUAUACAUUAACUUCUGCCUUCAGGCAGUUAGACACAGAUCUGGAUGGUGUAAUUACAAUUCACUAUGAACAGUUCCUAGGCAUGGUAUUCAAUCUUAAAAUAUAAGACAGUUUUAUGCUUCACUGUUAUACUUGCCUAUACUUUGCUGUGGUACUAUUUAUCAUAUAAAUACGAAUACGAAUUAUUAAAUGCCAAAUUUGGAAAUUAAAAUUUAUUCGGAAAAAUUUCUUCCAUGUCGAAUUGCAAGUUUUAUAUAUUUGAUGUGCUUGUAUGUUGAAUCGUAAUUAAAAGAUUAUAAAAAAUCA